UUUCAGUUAAUUAAAUGUUUGACAUUGUCCGACUGAACCAAUGUUAUCAUUAGGUUAUUACUCACCACGAGACACUCACGUCAAAUCUUAGCGAUAACUAAGUUACUAAAAAUAGAAACUUCGGUGACCAUUGUGUUAAUAAAAUGUAAGUUUAAGCACCCUUGGCUUGACUAACCUUAAACUUCGAUAGUCUUUACGAAAUUUGCCAAAAAAAGAAGACUCUGCCUUCGACCGGAAGGAAGGAAUAUCAAUGUCGCGCCCUAAUUUUGUCGAAGGCCGGAGCUGGAAAACGUACAAGCUGGAAGCGGAGGAACUAACACAGUAACACACCAUUUCUCCGAUUGACGCAAAACGCAGUGGUCCAGUACUAAACCCCAAUGGCCCUAUCGACGCGGCAGAGGCGUCCGGAGCUUCCAUCGGCGGAGACAUCACGGCCUCCGCAGUCAUCUUCCUCCUCCUCGGAGCCGUACACGAAGGUCAACAAACCAGAGAGAUCAUCUCUCGUUGGUGAAGAGAAGCCGCUUGGAUGUUUUAUGCCCAUACUCGCUCUGGGACUGCUGCGUUACAUGAGCGCCACAUCCAACAUCAUCCAUGACUGCGACGAGGUUUUCAACUACUGGGAGCCUCUCCAUUUUCUUCUCUACAAGUCCGGCUUCCAGACUUGGGAAUACAGCUCGCAGUUUGCUCUUCGAUCCUACUUGUACAUUAAUUUCCAUGAACUAGUGGGUCUGCCAGCUUCAUGGCUGUUUAGAGAUGAUAAAAUGAGAGUGUUCUAUGCAGUACGGCUGUUUAUUGGAGUAAUCUCUGUUAUAGCUGACGCCACUCUAGUAGUGGCCCUUUCCAGGAGAUAUGGCAAGCGUCUUGCUUCUUAUGCGCUUGCCAUGCUAUGCCUAACCAGUGGUUGUUUCUUUGCUAGCACAAGUUUCCUGCCGAGUUCUUUUUCAAUGUAUGCCAUGAGUCUCUCCUCUGGCUUGUUUCUUCUUGAGAAGCCUGCCAUGGCUGUUACUGUGGCAGCUAUUGGUGUACUCCUCGGCUGGCCCUUCUCAAUAUUGGCUUUCCUACCACUUGUGCUUUUUUCCUUGGCCAAGAGAUUCAAGCUGUCAUUUUUUGCUGGUGCUGUCACGUCUCUCGUACUUGUUGUACUUUCUGUACUUGUUGACUACCGCUACUAUGGGAGGUGGACAUCGUCUGUUUUGAAUAUCUUGGUAUACAAUGUUGUAGGAGGUGGUGAGAGCCAUUUGUAUGGGACUGAAGGACCUCUCUUUUACCUCAGGAAUGGAUUUAACAAUUUCAACGUUUCUAUGGUUCUUGCUUUGCUCUUCCUGGUUCUUUUGCCAAUUGUUAGGAGAAAGUAUACUCCCGAUCUUCUGGUAGUGGUCUCGCCUCUUUAUAUAUGGCUCGGUUUUAUGUCUUUAAUGCCACACAAAGAAGAAAGGUUCCUCUACCCUGUCUAUCCUCUUGUUUGUGUUGCUGCAUCAAGUGUUAUCGAGAGCUUUCCUGAUCUUGUUAGAGAUAAGCACAAUCCUAAUGACAAUUCUAUUAUUGUUGUGAUAGCCAAAGUUAUUAGACCACUGGUUCUUAGUCUCAUACUAUGUGCUUCACAUGCUCGGACGUUUUCCUUGAUUAACGGAUAUGCUGCUCCUAUGGAGGUCUACAAGGUUUUAGAUCACUAUCAUGAGGCAGGAUCAGGAGCUGUUCUCUGCGUCGGAAGUGAAUGGCACCGCUUCCCUUCAUCAUUUUUUGUGCCUGAUUAUGUGGGAGAAGUCCGAUGGAUUGAUGAUGGCUUCCGAGGUCUUCUUCCCUUACCAUUCAACUCAUCUCUUGGUGGCACAUCAGCAGCUCCUCCAUAUUUCAACAAUAAGAACAAGGCAUCAGCUCAGCAAUAUCUCAAUGAUAUUGAUGCCUGCACUUUCUUGGUAGAGCUGCAGCUCAAUCGCCCUUAUCCUUCUCGUGGAAGUGACCUGUCGAAAUGGGAGCCAAUUGCAGCAUUGCCAUACCUCGACAGGGAGUUGUCUCCUCCAUUUUACCGUUCGUUCUUCAUCCCAUUUCUUUGGCAGGAGAAGAAUGUGUUUGGAAUGUACAAAUUGCUUAAGAGAGUACCCAAAGAACAACAAGCUCAGUUAGAUGCUACUGUCGCAGAGCCAUGAGCACUCCGUUAUUAGUCCGAAAUUUUGCAGGCCAUUUCAUUUGAACAGUUUGUCAUUGACCCCCCACUUUAAGAAACGUAGCUGUUCCUG